CCGUCUCAAAGGUCAGGUCCCACUCUCAUCCUCUCUCUUUCAAGUCGUUUUCCCCAUUCUCUCCCUCUCUCUCUCGCUCUCUCUCCCUCUCUUGCUCGGAGAGCAAUUAGGGUUAAAACUACGCUCCGAAUUUCAAUUCCUAGCGAAUCUUCUAGGAUUUGUUUGUUCUUCGCAAGAGAUGCAGUUUUCUUGGUGAUCUCUUAGACUGAGACUCGAGGAGGGAGGACCAGGCAUUGUGAGAAGGUAGGGUGUGGAGAUCCGGUGGAAAUGAGCGCGUCCAGGUUCAUCAAGUGCGUCACCGUCGGUGACGGUGCUGUCGGCAAAACCUGCAUGCUGAUAUCCUACACCAGCAAUACCUUCCCUACGGACUAUGUGCCUACUGUUUUCGACAAUUUCAGUGCUAAUGUGGUUGUGGAUGGAAGCACUGUCAACCUAGGGUUAUGGGAUACUGCUGGUCAGGAGGAUUACAAUAGAUUAAGACCCUUGAGCUAUCGAGGUGCAGAUGUCUUUAUACUUGCUUUCUCUCUCAUAAGCAAGGCCAGCUAUGAAAAUGUUGCAAAAAAGUGGAUUCCUGAAUUGAGGCACUAUGCACCUGGCGUUCCAAUUAUUCUUGUUGGAACAAAGCUCGAUCUUCGGGAUGAUAAGCAGUUUUUUAUAGACCAUCCGGGUGCAGUGCCCAUUACUACUGCUCAGGUAAAGUUGAUUGCACCCUGUAUAUUUCUAUUUUCUUACCCUAGACCUCUGCUUUAUCUCAAUGUGUGGUUUGACUUUUGGUUUUCGCUGAAGGGAGAAGAACUUAGGAAAUUGAUUGGAGCUCCUGCCUAUAUUGAGUGUAGUUCAAAAACCCAGCAGAAUGUUAAGGCAGUUUUUGACGCAGCCAUUAAGGUGGUGCUCCAGCCACCAAAGCAAAAGAAGAAGAAGAGGAAGGCACAAAAGGGUUGUUCCAUAUUGUGAUGUAGGAGGGAUUCUAUUUGACAUAGGAGACAAAUGACCCACCAGCCUCUCUCACUUAUAUCUGCCAGUCUUAUCUGUCUGUCUGUCUGUCUUUUCCUAUUCCAUGUCCUCUGUAAGGAAGCAGUAAGCUGUGGUGUAUAGUCUUGACAGACAUGCUAGGGAUCUUCGUGAAAAGCAUGAGAUUAUUUAUUAGUUUCGGGCUUUACCUGUUUUCAUGAUCUGUAACUGAUUGUUAGUAUUCUUGUUGACCCAUGUACCCGUGUCUGUGUUUAAAACCCGUCUCCUGCAUUAACCAGAUGCGAGGAAGAUCCUAAUAUGAAAGAACUGCUUCGUGGAUGAACUUUGAUAUAUCA